AUGACUGACGACCUAUCACGCAACGAAGCCUUUCGCCAACGACAAGAACGUUGGGAGCAUCACAUGCACGGCCUUUGUAUACUUGACAAUCACUUGAAUGUCGAAAUGGAAAUAGCCUCUCACCGAUCAGCUGUACUCAACCAUCUUGUCGAGAAAGCCAACAGGGUUAAGGAUUUGUGGCUUGAAUUUCAACGAAAGUCUGAUAAUGGACGUGUAUUGGAAGAUACUGCUGUACAAAUGGCAAUCGAACAACAUGGUCUGCAGAGUCAUAAUUUCCAUCAGCCGCAAUUGCAAAAUAUUACAAUUGUGUCACAACCUCCAAGUAAACCUCCAGAAAUAGAUAGCGAUGAUGUAUUUAAUCAAGCUGUAUCUGCAGCAAUCGUUGCAAAUGGAUUAAUGACUACUACAACUACUCAACAAGAAAAUUUUAAUAUGUAA